AUGGAAACAGCCAGCAGCUAUGACAGAAACAAUACAUUUAAGAGUGAAAAAAAUGAAUCUACAAAAAAUAAUAGAGAACAACAGGAUGAAAAAAAUGACAGCAAUUUAUUGACUAUAUAUUCGUUCAUUAGCAGCUAUGUAUUUAAGGAAGACAUGAAUUAUGACGAAAAUGAGAGCAGGUAUGAGUUGCUAGAGAGCCAGGAUUUGGAAAAUGAAAGCUUCCAAAAGAAGGUCAGUUUUAGUGAAUAUAACGAAAAGGUAUACCGGUAUUACAGGGGCAGGAGUGGAAGUCACCAGGCGGGAGAAGUGGAGGACGAAGAGUACGAAUAUGAUCCUGAAGAGGAAGACGAUGAAGAGGGGGACGAUGAGGAAGACGAAGAGGGAGACCAUGAGGAGGACGAAGAAGAUGAAGGCGACUCCUAUGCCAUCUGCGCUGCGGACAGCGGCGUGCAUGCCGUGGCGAGCGCAAACGAAGAAGACAUAAUCGUGCAGGGAAGCGUCCCACGCAAAAAAGGAAAAUCAAAGAGCCGCAGAAAAAAGGGAACACCGUCUGCGAAAAAUAAUAUGACCUCGAUGAAGGACACAAAAUACAGAAAUAAGCUGUGCAAAAAGUGGAAAAAAAAUAAAAUCCAUAACGUAAAUGGGGACUCUAAGGAGGCCCACAGCAACAGUCCCAUUAAAAGGAACAGUAACAGCAUCACCAAAUAUUUCAUGCUCUCCAUGGAGAAUACAAACGAGCAAGAAAACAUUUUUAAAGAUGAAAAACAGUUGUCCAGACAAAUGUCGUACUAUAACGACGCCUAUUAUUAUACCUCCGAAAUGAUAUAUAAAAAUAAUAAGCGGAACAAAGAGAAGUUCGCACUGUACUUGAGAUUAAUGUCUUUGUUUGUCAACAUAAUGAUUGGGAUUUACCUCAUAACACACUUCCCACACACGAAUAACGAAUUCGAAAUGAACUCGCAAAAUAGACACUCCAGGGAACACGAAAAUUUAAAAGAAACUAUUCGAAAUAGACUAGACCCUGCUAAAAAUGGUUCACAUGCAGCGUAUGGGGAUAGCGCGGAUGCGCAUAUGAACGCACUGACUAGCCAAAGUGAAGUAUUGCAAAAUAAUGAAAAAAAGAGGAAAUAUUUGGACAUCCUCUUUAGAGGAAGUUCCAAAGCUAAGGAGAAGGAAAAGGAGAAGGGAAAGGAACCCAAUUCGGAUUCUCCCUGGAAGGAUGAAAACAGCGUGGAUAGUAACAAGGAGGAUAAAAACACUGUCCUCGUAAAGGGCAAUUCUUCCAAUCUCGCAGAAAAAAGCAGCAAGGAAGGCGCAAAAGAAACUCCCCAAGUUAAUAACCUAAUCACAGAAAUAGAUAUAGUAAAUUUAAUCGAUGGUGAGUUCAUAAUGCACUAUAUUUAUCUGGAAAUGAACAAAAUAUAUAAAUAUGCAAUAUAUUCCUUCUUUGGAGAAUUGCUGGUGAUAUCUAUAAUUGUAUUUUCUCUAUUCAUUUUAAGGAUCAUUAUAAAAGACAACAAUAAAUUUAGUGUAAUCCUAACAAUGUAUGGAAUAUUGUACAAAAUAUUCUGCUACAUAUUCGCUCACUACGUCUUAGUUAUGGGUCUAUAUAUCCUAGCAAUUUACUACAAUAUAUGUGUAAAUAAAGAUAUAUAUGAGCAUAAUUUUAAUUUUUUUUGUUACCACUAUGUUCGUAAUAAUCUGCAUAUACACUUACUCAUGUUAUUUUACGCAUUUCAAAAUAUCAUUUUCACCAUAAAUGAUGCAUUCAAUUGUAUCAGAAUGAUGAUUAUAAUAUUCAAGCAUGUUAUUGUUAGAAUAUAUGAGAAAAUUACGUGCAAAAAUUUCAUUACAUUUUACGAAUUAAAAGAAGAUAAAUCCCCCUUGUCUUUGAAUUGUAUGAAGAAAAUUAAGAAGAGGUACAACAUGAAUAAUAAGUGCUGUCGCGAUAAGACCUGUGUCGAAAUAGACAUCGACGAAAUUCACGAGUUGGAAUAUGACAAGAGCCAGCUGCCUCUCCCCAGCCUACAUCAGAAGCCCUACUGUAAGAACUUAGACAUCAAGACGUACGAGCAAUCCCUGCUGAACAUGCGCAAUCCCAUCUUUAAGUAG